UUCGCUCCAAUGUUUAACAAUUUACUUUAAAAUUUUUACACUUUAUCCGCAUAUCUUUAAUUUCUGUAUAAAUUUUGAAUUGUAUACAAUUAAAAUAUACAUAGUAGAUUCGUAUCAAUAAUUGACAGCGUAUUAUAGAUUGAAAGGCCAGAAGGACCCCUCUCCAAUGGGGAAAUGUGAUACUCAGAGGUCGACGCCGACAAAUUCUCGGCGGCGGCGGCGCCAAUUUUUGGUGAUUUUUCGGUGGCGUCGGCGGCGCGGCGCGGCGUCGCAAUGUUAAAGGAAUAGGAAAUCAAGUUUUUCGGUGGCGGCAGCGCGUAAAAUACUGCGCGCGUUCGGGCGCGCGGCGGCGUACGAUCGGCGGCGCGGCGGCGUACAAUUGGAGGCAUCGACCUCUGCACCAAAUUGAAUGGUUUUCCAUCCUGAUCAAGAAUAUAUAAAACAUUUGACCGGCAAAUGCAUAUUAAGAUGUGUGCCCAACCGUUGAGUAAAGAACCGGCGAAUUUCUCCAAAGCAAAAUCCUGCCUUGACAAAGCGCUCCAAUUGGAUAACCGCCAUUGGCCCGCGGUGCUCACUCUGACCCAGAUUUUGGAGGAGGAGGGCCACUACGAUGUCGCGGUUCAGAAACUGCAAGAAUACGCGAACGGUGGACCGACCGGGGUGCGACUUCAUCUCAGAAUGGCUCACCUUUUAAGCAAAAUGCGUUCCGACGACGAGGCUGCUGACCAUUACGCAAUCGUUUUAAGACUGGAUCCGAACAAUCGCGACGCUCUCGAAGGUCUCGACCAUCUCGACUUUAGGAACAUCAUAGUAAAAGAGGAGGAGGAGGAGACUGAAGUGACCUCACGCGAUAUCGGCGUGAGUCCCUUGAACAUCGAUGACGAUGAGCCAGGGUGGGUUCCACUAAACCAAUUUGCUGUCGGCGAACGUCUCUAAAUUAGUGCGGAAAAAUAAUCGUAUAUUUAUUCAAGUACAAUUUAUUUUCUAAAAAAAUAAUGGGUCACAUUUUUAUACUUAAAAGUUUUGACACAUUUUUAAGUAAUAAACUGUGGAUUAAAUUGACUUGUUGUUUGAAAGAGUGCGAAAUAAUUUGUAACAUCUGAAAUUUUUAUAGGAUUGAUAAAUAACUUUGUAUGUUUUUUGAUUAGCAAACAAUAUAACUAUACUUAUUAGGUUGACAAAAUAGAAGUGUUUGAGUUAACAAAGAAUUUUAUAUUGAUUCUGAUGCGAAUAAAUAAACGUAGUG